CGGGUGGCCUACAGCGAGCCCAACCCCGGCACCCACAUAGUCAUGAACAGCCACAGCCACAAUGGCUGUGGGGGGCGGCCGCUGGGCAGCGGGCUGGGUGCCCUGGGCAGAGACCCUUCGGAGCCCGAGGCCGGCCACCCCCCCCAGCCCCCACAUGGCCCGGGCCUCCAGGUGGUGGUGGCCAAGAGCGAGCCAGCCCGGCCCUCACCCGGCAGUCCCCGGGGGCAGCCCCAGGACCAAGAAGAGGAGGAAGACGAUGAAGAGGAUGAGGCAGGCAGGAGGAGGGACUUGGGGAAGACCCCAAACGUGGGCCACCGCCUGGGCCACCGGCGGGCGCUCUUCGAGAAGCGGAAGCGCCUCAGCGACUACGCCCUCAUCUUCGGCAUGUUUGGCAUUGUCGUCAUGGUGACCGAGACGGAGCUGUCCUGGGGGGUCUACACCAAGCCUGAUGUGGGGCUCACGGGGGCGAGGGCCCAGCCCUUCUCGUCCUCGAGGCUUACCGUCUUGGGACCAGACGGGGUCUCCUUGGACCCCUGCUUGGAUCCCUAUGCCAGUUCCCACAGCCCAUCCCCUACCCUGUCACGGUACCAUGACAAGCAGGAAGUGACCAGCAACUUUUUGGGGGCCAUGUGGCUCAUCUCCAUCACCUUCCUCUCCAUCGGCUAUGGCGACAUGGUGCCCCACACCUACUGCGGGAAGGGCGUGUGCCUGCUCACUGGCAUCAUGGGGGCCGGCUGCACAGCACUUGUGGUGGCCGUGGUGGCCCGGAAACUGGAGCUCACCAAGGCAGAGAAACACGUGCACAACUUCAUGAUGGACACUCAGCUCACCAAGCGGGUAAAAAAUGCCGCUGCUAACGUUCUCAGGGAGACGUGGCUCAUCUACAAACACACUAGGCUGGUGAAGAAGCCAGACCACGCCCGGGUUCGGAAACACCAGCGUAAGUUCCUCCAAGCCAUCCAUCAAGCUCAGAAGCUCCGGAGUGUGAAGAUUGAGCAGGGGAAGCUGAAUGACCAGACCAACACUCUCGCCGACCUGGCCAAGGACGAAAGGAGUCUGGUCCACUUCAUGGCUCCAGAUGUGGACAUACGACCAGGUCCGGCCAAUUAG